AUGGCUUCUAACGAAACCGCCCAAGAGGAGCUAAGAGCCAACUUUGAAAGCCUGCACCUACCGAGGGAUGAAGAGGAAAAACUGAAAGAUUGGAUUAGGAGCAGUAAGCGGCGCAUCGAGAUCCUGAUAACAGGAAGAACAGGAACGGGGAAAUCCACACUGGUUAACGCUCUCAUAGGCAAAGAUGUGGCCGGUACUGGAAGUAACUUGGCGGUAACAACGAAACACGUGACCGGCCACACGGUGAAAGCGGGGGAAAGCACGGAAAUUGUGGUGUGGGACUCGCCUGGUCUUCAGGACGGGUCGGGAGAGGAGGAUGAAUACCUCACCCAAAUGAGAGAAAAUUGCAAAGAUAUCGAUAUUAUAAUUUAUUGUAUUGACGUUUCAGCCGGUCGUGCUCAAUUACAAGGUGCAGAAGUGAAUCAAAUGAAGGACCUCUGCGCAAUUAAACAACUGACAGCGAAUUUUGGCACAAAUUGUUGGGAACAUUCCAUCUUCGUCUUGACCCGUGCAAACGCGUUGGAAACAUCCCUGAAGGUGAAAGAUAAUCCCGAAAAAAUUUUCCAAGACAGGCUAAAGGAUUGGGAAAAGAGGAUACAUGCAGCACUCUCGAAGGAAGGUGUACCAAUAGAGAUAGCUAACCAAGUACCAGUAAAGCCAGCUGGUUAUCCCAAGAAGCCUCACUUACUAGGCCAUCAGUACUGGCUCAGCGAACUCUGGUUUGCCUUUAUGAAAAAUGCAAAGAAUCCAUCACAGCCAACGAUUACGAGAGUUAAUCAACAUCGCUUUCAAAAAGAGAAUGAAACAACCACCGAAGAUUUCAAGAAGGAGGGUCACGAGCAACCGAUUAUCUCAGAUACCACUUGGGACACAUGUCCCAUUGAAGGAACUGUUACAAUUGGUUUCCUUGUUAGAAAUCGGUCAUGGACAUUGCCGGCAAUGUAUUAA